AUGGUUAAGGCAGGAUUUGAGGGUACGCCGUCAAAUUAUAGUCUUAGUUAUAAUAAUAAUUGCAGUUAUAAUGAUUUAUCUGAUAACAAUAACUAUAAAGAAUAUAUAAAAAUACUAGUUAUUAAAUUAUCUAACCUUAAAUCUAAUUAUAAUAUGUUGGUUGAGGUUGCUAAAGUAGUAGGUGGAACUGUUAAGAUUACCGGUAAAAAGGCGGAUGUUAUUUGA